AUGUCGCUGUCAAAUUAUUUUUUCUAAAGUUAAUAUAUAUUUCAGAAUCAUAAUUUUUGUCCGUUAGCCACAAUUCCACUUGAAUAAAAUAUAUGAAUUUUUAUUGCUUGUAUCUCAGAAAUGGUCGACUUUUUAGCUGAAAAUAAUGCUUGUGGACAAAAUCUUUUGAGAUUAGUGUCAAGGGGAAAUGCAGUUAUUGCUGAACUUCUUCGUCUUUCUGAUGUAGUUCCUCAAGUAUUUCGAUUGGAAACUAAAACGGACAUUCAAAAGUAUAAUGAUGUGCUUUGCGACUUCAGCUAUUUCAAGAUGACAGACUUCUAUGAGAACAGAAUUGAAUCAAAUGCACAACUUCAAGACAGAGAUGAGGAAUUUAAAGAAAAUUAUAUCGAUAUUUUGACAAGGUUUUACUUAGCAUUUGAAAGUGUUCACAAAUACAUUACAGAUUUAGGCAGAUUUUUGGAAGAUUUAGAAGAAGGCAUCUAUAUCCAACAGACUUUAGAAACUGUACUAACAAAUGGUGAUGGGAAACAGUUGAUGUGUGAAGCUCUAUUUUUAUGUGGGGUAAUCUUGUUGAUUGUUGACCAAAAGAUUGAAGGCUUGGUUAGAGAAAGAAUGCUUGUCUCAUAUUAUCGUUAUAGUGCUCAAAGAUCAAGCAUGGACUCCAAUAUUGAUGAUGUGUGUAAAUUGUUGAGAAGCACAGGUUUUAACUCUGCUCCUGGUUCUAAGAGGCCUCCCAACUACCCUGAAGAUUACUUUAGGCGUACUCCAUUAAAUAGUACUUUUGUCAGCAUGAUAAUUGGAAGAUUACGUUCAGAUGAUAUAUACAAUCAGGUCACAUCAUAUCCUUUACCUGAGCAUAGAAGUACUGCAUUAGCCACUCAAGCUGCAAUGCUGUAUGUCAUCUUAUAUUUUGCGCCUGAAAUGCUUCAUAAUCAUCAUGCUAAAAUGCGUGAAAUUGUUGAUAAGUUUUUCCCGGACAAUUGGGUAAUUAGUGUAUACAUGGGCAUGAUUGUUAAUCUUGUUGAUGCUUGGGAACCUUAUAAAGCUGCCAAGCAAGCCUUAAGCAACACAAUCGAUGCUGCUAAUGUCAGAGAGCAGGCUACCAGAUACAAUUCACGAGUUGGUAAAAUGAUACCCCAAGUUGAACUGCUUUUGAAAGAAGGUGCUCUUUCUGAAGAAGUUGUAUUAGACAAUGUGCCAAAAUUGUUAAAUGUAGCUCGAGAAUGCAAUGUCACCUUGCGAUGGCUUUUGCUGCAUACUGUUCAAUUAUCACCUGGAGCUGUGGAAGCCAAUAAAAAAUGCCGCCAACUUCGAGAUCAAGUUGUAAAUGAUACUCGCCACAAUCCUCUUGAAGUCUUUCAGUUAUUGUUAUAUACAGCACAAUUUGAACUUAAAGUAAAAGAGUUGUUUAAACAGUUAUUAUUUGAAAAACAAGAAAAAUGGAAUAAAUAUAAAUCUGAAAGUACUGAUCGACUAUCUGAACUUGGGGAUGUUUUUUCUGGUACAAAGCCUUUGACAAGAGUGGAAAAAAAUGAAAAACUACAAGCAUGGUUUCAAGAAAUGGUAAAACAAAUUGAAUCUCUCAAUAUUGAUGACGCGACUGCUACUGGUAGGAAAAUAGUGCAGUUGAUACAAGCUUUGGAAGAGGUUCAAGAAUUUCAUCAACUUGAUACUAAUUUACAAUAACAAUUCUUAGCUGAUACAAGGAAAUUUUUGCACCAAAUGUUACGAACCAUAAACAUUAAGGAAGAAGUACUUAUCACAUUGGAAAUGGUUGCAGAUUUGUCAUAUGCGUGGGAAAUUAUUUUUAGUUAUACAAUCUAUAUGCAGCAAGGUAUUAAGAAAGAUCCUACUUUGGCUAUUAAGCUAAGAGCUACUUUUCUGAAGUUAGCUUCAGCUUUAGAUCUUCCACUACUGCGGAUUAAUCAAGCUUCAAGUCCUGAUAUGCUCUCUGUGUCUCAAUAUUAUUCGGGAGAACUUGUGUCGUAUGUCAGGAAAGUCUUGCAUAUUAUUCCUGAAACAAUGUUUGGGCUUAUGGCCCAAAUUAUUGAUUUACAAACUAAUGUGAUCAAAGAAGUUCCAACAAGGCUAAUGAAAGAUCAGCUGAAAGCUUAUGCCCAGCUAGAGGAACGCUACAAAGUUGCCAAGUACACUCAUGCAAUAUCCGUUUUCACAGAAGGUAUUCUCAUGAUGAAGCGCACAUUGGUUGGAAUAAUUCAAAUCGACCCAAAGCAGCUUCUGGAAGAUGGUAUUCGUAAAGAGCUCGUUCGUAAGGUAGCAAGUGCUUUGCAUGAAGGUUUGGUUUUCAACCCCAAAGCAAAGGCAAGUGAGUUAGUCCCUAAACUGGAAGCCAUCGGUCAGAAAAUGGAUGGUUUCAGAAGAUCUUUUGAAUACAUUCAAGAUUAUGUCAGCAUAUAUGGUUUAAAGAUUUGGCAAGAAGAAAUGUCUAGAAUAAUUAAUUACAAUGUGGAACAAGAAUGUAAUGCCUUUCUUAGACAUAAGGUCCAAGAUUGGCAAAGCAUUUACCAGUCACGAACUAUACCCAUACCCAGUUUUAUGCCACUGGAUAAUUUACAGUUAAUUUUUAUUGGUCGUUUGGCUCGUGAAGUAUUGAGAAUAACUGAUCCAAAAACAACAGUAUAUAUUGAUCAAAUGACAACAUGGUAUGAUUCCAAGACACAUUUAGAAAUAGCCAGCUUGAAGUUAUUUUCUCUGAUUCAGAAAAGUGUGGGAACGCCUGGUUUGACAGGAUUGGAUCGCUUAUUGUCUUUCAUGAUAGUAACAGAACUCCAAAGCUUAAUACGUUUCUACGAAAAACUAAUUAUUGGGGACAAAGUGUGGCAAGAUGUGCUGAGAAGCCUCCACAGCACUUUACAACCCAUUAACAAACUAAUUGCUCAACCCACUCGUGUUUAUGGAGCAACACUUUCAAAAGCAGGAAAGUAUAACAUGUUUUUAGAUGCAUUAUUGCGGGUUGGACAGAUGCAAUUGCUAAGGAAAAGAAUUGCCUAUGAAUUAAAUACGUCAUGUAAAUUUGAUUCAAAACAUUUAGCAAAUUCUCUACAAACAAUCAAUGAGGCUUUGUUGGCUGAUAUUGAGCUUCAUUAUAAAGAUCCAAGCAAGCCAUAUCCUAAAGAAGAUAAUCCUCUUUUAUAUGAACUCUCUUCGUACUUAGAAUGGUCUGGAAUUUGUAACCCUCUUGCAAAGAUUUAUAUUACUACAAGACCGUUGCCUCAUCUGUCACUGUUUUUGUUCCUUUUUUCAACUUCUCAAAUAGCUAAACUAACUUAUGAAAAAAGCAUAGAUGCCUUAAUGUCUCGGAAGAUCACAGAUGGUAUAGAUGGACUUCCUUUUGUCAUUGGAACUUUAACAUUUCUACACCAGUUUCACCAGGAUCACAAAAAUAAUUUUUUGGCAUACAUGGGUCAAUACAUCAGAUCAGUUGUGGAAAAUGCACGUGAAAACAAUAAGAAUGACAUUCCAGCAGAGGUUAUUAACUCUAUGGUGUACCUAGAAGAAUUUAUAGAAUAUGGGAAGUUACCCAGAAAGGCAAUUACAAAUCAUAUACCUCCAUUACUUGUUGAUGGUAUUAGAAGUCAGUAAAUUUCUACACAACAGAUCCAUCCAUAUUGAACAUUUUAGUGCUACAAAUUAUUGUUAACAUCAUUAUGUCAAAUUUGUA